AUGGAAAUCACUAUGAGGAGUAAUAAAGAGCUUCAAGGAGAUCCUCCCAAGGUAACAAAGGAGAUAGAUGCAGAUUUGACUCCCUCACAGGUAAAUGAUAAAGUUGCUAAAAAUUCAAUAAAGCUUGGGUACUUGAAAGAAAAAUCUACUGAAGAAGUGAAGAAUAUGCUGCCACUCCCUUUCCCUCAGAGGCAAAUAAAAGUGAGGGAGGACGCAAUGUUUAAGAAAUUCUUUGACACGUUCAAAGAGUUUUACAUUAACUUAGAUUUGUUAGAUGUUUUACAGGGUAUGCCCAAGUAUGUAAAGUACUUGGGGGAUGUGGUUACAAAUAAGGUAAAGUUACAGGAUGUUGAAACGGUAGCAAUCGAUAUAGAGUGUAGCACUGUAAUGAUACAAAAGAUGCCAAAAAAGCUUAAGGAUCCUCAGAAGUUUACUCUCCCCAUACAGAUUGGCAAAAACGAGGUCCAAUGCAAGUGUAAUGCAGAAGUCUUUGGAAUUUGGAUAGUUUCACAUGAGGCCGCAGAUUGGGCUGGAAUGAAGACGACAAAAUUGUUACGGGGUGCGCUCGAAAGAAAAUACAAGACUGAGGAUGUUGGAACCAAGAAGUUAUUCAUUGCAAGAUUCCUUGAGAUUAAAAUGAUUGACAGCGAGUCUAUUGUAUCUCAAGUCCAGGAAUUGUAA